AUGAAUGUUAAAGAAAAAAAAGAAGACAAACUAAAAUUCAAAAUAAAAUCGCAAAAAUAGAAUAAGCUUCAUAAAAUAUUGAUAACUGUACUAAUACCUUUGAUGCUUGGAAUCCUAUUAACAACACUCUUUUCCAUAUUGAUUAUAUUGUUACUUUCUGAAUAUUGGGCUAAUCAAGGAGCAAAUAGUUUAGCAAAACAAUAAUAUAUUUAUCAAACAUGUACUACUGAUUUAUGCAAAUAGCAAUGGCCACUCUUUUGGGAAACUCUUAAAAAUCUAUAUUUUAAACUAUUUCCACAAUUAGAGCCUAAGUUAUUCAUUCAUUUUGGACUCUAUCCAUAGAAUCUAAAAACUUAGAUUUAAAAUCACUUUAAGUACCUUAAGUAAUUAUGCUCUCAACUCAAACUUAAUUUAUUCUUAAUUAUGAUAAUGUUACACAAUAAUGUUUAUAUUGCAUAUCUUGGGGAAUAGUGGAUAUUAAUAAUUUAAUUACUCCCAAUCAAUAAUUAGAAGAUUUAAGCUUAGAAUAAUAUAACUAAUUGUAAAAUAUUGUUAAAACCUUUCAGAUCUUACAUAUUCUUUAUAAUAGCAAUUUUUAAUUGAAUUAUAUUUACUAUCAUUUUGAGAAUCAAAUGUUUGUUCAAUAUCCAUAUAUUGAAAAUAAUGAUCUUUUUUCUCAUUCUCCAUUAUAAUAUAUGAAAAAGACAUUUAAUGAAACAAAUAUGCAUUCAGCAUUCUUAAUUUUACCAAUUUCUGAAACUGAUAUAGAAAAUUGUGUUUCACUUUUAGGGAAUAGUAAUAAUUUUAUUGGAAUAGUUUGUUUAGGAAUCAACGUAUUAGGACAAUAAGUUUUUGUUAAUAAUCUUUAUUAAAAUAUUAAAUAUUAGGGAUUUAUUUAUUCAUUUUUUAAUAAUUAAAAUUUAAGUAUUUUUACUACAAAUACCUUUACACAAUAUAUAAAUGGUUCUAUAGUUAAAAAUUAUGGAUUUCCAAAUUUAUUAGAUAUAGUAUUUAAUAAUUCAAAUUAAAAUUAAACAGAAUUUGUACAAUUAUUCUAUGAUCUCAUAAAUCCAUCUUAGGAAGCUCAAUAUAUUUAAUUAGUUAGUUCAAUCAAAUCAAAUGUAUCUACAAUGAAAUAAGUAUUGUAAAAUGAAUAAGAAACAUUUAUAAAUGAUUCUAUAAAUCCUUUAUUUUAAUUAAGUAGCAUAGUUCUCUAAUAUAAUGUUAAUUAUUAUUAACAAUUUUUAGAUUUUGUAACUUAUUAAUAAUAUUUAUUAAAUUAGUUUUCAAGUGGUAUAUAAAAUGAGACAUUUUAAAAUAUAAUGACAAUAGCGAUUCCAAUAGCAGUUAUUAUGUGUGUAAUAGCAUGGUAUAUAUCUUAUCGAAUAAUACAGAGUGUUUCAAAACCAUUAAAUGAUUUAACUCAUAAACUAGAAUUGGUACUUAAUUUAUAAUAAUAAAGCGUAGAUUGCCUCAGAUACAUUAGCUAUUUAGAUUUAUUCUAAUUUUAGAUAAAGUUCUUUAGAAGUUAACCUUCUAUAUGAUGCUUUAGAUUAAUUAGUGACAGUGUUGAAUUUUUCAAAUGAUAGAUAUUUUGAAGGAGAUGAUACAUCAUUAUUGAUAAAAUAUGCUUAAGGAAAAGCAUUAUUUCAAAAAAUGAAAAGCAAUAAAGGAAUGGGAAUGAUAUUGAAUAAUAUUGGUAACAUUCAUAGAAGAUAAAAAAGAUACAUUGAAGCCAUAUAAUGUUAUAGAGAUUCUAUAGCUCUUUGUGAAGAUGAUUUAAAAGUAUUGAUUAUUUAUUAUUAUAAAGAUGCUCUUAGGAGAUGGUAAACAAUAGGAUAUAAAAAGAAUUCAAAAAGGAAUAAGCAUAGAUAUUUCUGGUGAAUUUAGAUAGUCAUCUACUAGUAAAAGAGUUUCAACAAUUGAGAGAGAAAUUCAAGCUACUUAAUUAGAAGAUAUUUAUUCUAGUAGAAAUUUCUCAUUAGCAAAUGCUCUUAUGUAAUAAAGAUAUCAUUAUAUAAAGUGAGUAUGCUGAUAACAAUCAGAGCAUGGAAAUUGAUCAAAAGAAAUAGUUUUAUUAGGAAAGUUUGAAAUGCCUAAAUAUAACAUUGUCUUUAGACUAAAAGGAUAAUAAAGGUUUACUCUACAGAUAGAUUAUAAGUCAUAUUUUAUAGUGCAAAGUCUUAUUAAACUUAGAGGAUUCUAAUGCUGCCUUAGGUGAGAUUUCAAAUGCUGAAUAAUUAUCGGAUAAAUAUGAGAAUUCUUAUGAUAGAUCUGAUGCUCAAGUAAAUGAUUCUUUUCCUAUUCCUCCUGGAAUUCUAAAAUAGAGAAUUUUAUAUGAAAAGGGAUUAUUUAUUAAAAGAUAUGAUAGUAUAAAAAAAGCAGCAUUUAUUUUUACUGAAUGUUUAGAAACUAGUAAAUAUUAUGAUCCAGAAAUUAGAAUUAAUUGUUUAAAAUAAUUAAAGGAAAUUUUCUAAUCAUAAAAUCUUCUAUAUAAAGUACCUAAGAUAGAGUAACUAUUAGAAUUAAAUGAAAUAAAAAAGAACAAUGAUAUUGUUUUUGUAAUUGAUCAUUCUGGAUCGAUGGAAAAUAUUAAGAAAGAGUUGGCUAUAAAGUAUAUUAGAUUUAUUUAUAUUAAUAGUGGUAUUUUAAAGAUAUUUGAUAAUUAUCUUUAAGAUUAAGAUAGAAUCAGUUAUAUGCGUUUCAAUCAAAAUAUAGAAGUUAUUUUUGAUUUGACAUAUAAAUCAGAAAAUACAGCAUUUUUGAGAAAUGCAAUAGAAAGAUCAAAAAAUAUUAAGGCUGAAGGAAUGACUGCUAUGUUAUCUGCAAUAUUACAUGCUUAUUCGAUUCAUGAAAAAGCAGUAAAAAAGGAUAACUAAUAAUGGAUAGUAGUAUUAUGUGAUGGAGAAGAUAAUUUGAGUAACAUAACCUUUGAGAGGAUGAAAAAGUUUACUAGUAAAAGACCAUCAAUAUCUUUAAUUGUUAUUGGUAUAGGUUUGAGUUUAAAACCUGAUUGUCUUGAAGAAUUAUAUGAUUUAUGCAGACUUAGUUAAAAAGGGUUUUUGAUUGAAUCUGUAUAUAGUGAAGAUCUAGAUAUUGCAUUUUAGUCAAUUAGUAAUCUUAUAUUUGGAACUUCAAGUAUUUAUGAUGAGAGAUUAAAUUGA